GGGCUGGGGCGCGCUGCUCUCUCGUCCCCGCCUUAGCGCCGCGCCAGCCGCCCCCAUGCAUCCCGCCCUGUACACCCGGGCCAGCAUGAUACGCGAGAUCGCCGCGGCCGUGGCCUUCAUCUCCAAGUUCCUCCGGACCAAGGGACGUUUGACAUUUUAUAGUAAUGUUAGACGUUUUGACAAUUACACCUUUCUGACACUGUCUAGAGCUAAGCAGCACAAUCUUUUUUCUUAUUCUGUAGAACAUUAUAAACAUCACUGGUUCCCAGAAAAGCCAUGCAAGGGAUCAGGUUACCGUUGCAUCCGGAUCAACCAUAAAAUGGAUCCUCUGAUUGGACAAGCGGCACAGCGGAUUGGACUGAGCAGUCAGGAACUGUUCCGGCUUCUUCCAAGUGAACUCACACUGUGGGUUGACCCGUAUGAAGUCUCCUAUCGCAUCGGAGAGGAUGGCUCAAUCUGUGUGCUGUAUGAAGCUGCACCAACAGGAGGUAGCCAAAAUAACACCAACAUGCAAAUGGUAGACAGCAGAAUAAGCUGUAAGGAGGAACUUCUCUUGGGCAGAACAAGCCCUUCCAAAAACUACACUAUGAUGACUGUAUCAGGUUAAGAUAUAGUCUAUGGAUGGAUCACCUUAAAAUGGAUGGAUAAAAUUGUUUUUUACUUUGGGUGGGCUCCUCUGGGGAUGGAUUAUGGAAUUUAAACCAUGUCACAGCUGUGAAGAUCUGGCACACAGUAAUGGUAAACUUUCAAGUGACAGUGCCGUAGUUUGGACAGUACCUUUUCAGUGAUUUAAUAGCCUGAGUGUCAGAAUGAUCACUUCAUUUGCUAGGGAGUGAGGAAGUCUAGGAAGGUUUCAGUUUCUCCCAGACAUCUUAAUUUUACACAAAUUAUUUCAAUCCAAAUCUCUAUUUAUAAACUUGCUCUCUGCAGUUGGUCUUGCAGAGAAUUUGCACUAUUACAUUUACAAAUUGUUACACUUUUGGCAGCUCAAGAAUAACACUUGUUAUAAACAUGAUAGUACUGGAAAUUUUCUCAAACUUUUACCUAGCACUUACAGUAUGUAUAAAUGUACAUAAAACAACUGGUAAGCAUGACCUGGGAAAAUGGUCAGAUCUUCAUAUUGUGUAUUGGCCUUGAAAAAACAAGUGACCAGAAUCUGCCAUGGCAACAGGCUUUAAAAAGACCAUAUAAAGACACUGUCUGAACUGUGGUGUUAGCACCAGCCAGCUGUCUGUACAUUGCUAGCUUGUAGUUUUCUAAGACUGAGUAAACUUCUUAUUUUUAGAAAGUGGAGGUCUGGUUUGUAAUUUCCUUGUAUGUAAUUGGGUAAAAGUCUUUCCACAAACCACCAUCUAUUUUGUGAACUUUGUUAGUCAUCUUUUAUUUCAUAAAUUAUGAACUGGUGUAAAUUUGUACAGUUCAUGUAUAUUGAUUGUGGCAAAGUUGUACAGAUUUCUAUAUUUUGGAUGAGAAAUUUUUCUUCUCUCUAUAAUAAAUUGUUUCCUAUCUUGGCAUUUUAA